UUAAAGAUGGCGUCUCCCGUCAGCUGCAGAGCAGUAGCAGUGUUUCUUUUUCUUAUUUUAUUCAUUUCGGUUCAUUGCACAGAUACUAAACCCAAGAAGAAGAAAGACAUACGGGAUUAUAAUGAUGCUGAUAUGGCUAGACUGCUGGAGGAGUGGGAGAAAGAUGAUGACAUUGAGGAAGGUGACUUGCCAGAACACAAAAGAUCUCCUCCGCCCAUUGACUUCUCUAAAAUCGAUGCAUCCAAACCAGAGGAUCUCCUGAAGAUGUCCAAGAAAGGAAAGACGCUGAUGGUAUUUGCUUCAGUGUCAGGAAACCCGACAGAGAAGGAGACCGAGGAGAUCACCAGCCUGUGGCAGGGCAGCCUCUUCAAUGCCAACUUUGAUAUUCAGAGGUUCGUGGUGGGAUCUAACCGCGUCAUCUUUAUGCUGCGCGAUGGGAGCUUUGCCUGGGAGGUUAAAGACUUCCUGAUCGCUCAGGACCGCUGUGAGGACGUGACCGUGGAGGGACAGGUGUACCCUGGGAAAGCCGGAAAGAAAGAUGACAAAGGAAAGGAGCAAAAUGAGACUAAGAAAAAGGGGGACAAGAAAGCAGCCAACCGAGCUAAUAAAAGCAAACAGGAGCUUUGACACGCGAGCCUCAAAGGCUCAUCAUAGACUAAAACCGUUUCGCUAUAACAAGUGUUAACAGUGUACGUGAUGAAAACUCAAAUCAUCUUUUGAAAUCUUCUUUCUGAACUUAUGUUGUGACUCACCUCAUUUUUUCACAGUUACAAUGUCAUUGAUUCAAAGAAUAAACAACUUUUAUAUACA